AUGCGCAUACAGCAGUUUCCGUUGGAGGUUCAAGCCCAUUUGAUAAAACACCCCGGAAAUCGAGAACCAGAAAGACUUGCUGUUGAAGGAUCUGGUCAAGUCAUAAUGCAAACAAUCAAGUGUGUGGUUGUUGGUGAUGGAGCUGUAGGUAAAACUUGCCUACUGAUCUCCUACACAACAAAUAAAUUUCCUUCUGAAUAUGUUCCCACCGUGUUUGAUAACUAUGCAGUGACUGUAAUGAUUGGUGGAGAACCCUACACCCUGGGUCUGUUUGAUACCGCUGGACAGGAAGACUACGACAGACUACGACCUCUGAGUUAUCCACAAACAGAUGUCUUUCUAGUGUGCUUUUCAGUAGUCUCUCCAUCAUCAUUUGAAAAUGUGAAAGAAAAGUGGGUUCCAGAAAUUACACAUCAUUGCCAGAAAACUCCUUUCUUACUGGUGGGAACACAAUUAGAUUUAAGAGAUGAUGCUACAACUAUAGAAAAAUUAGCCAAGAAUAAACAGAAGCCUAUUACAAUUGAACAAGGAGAGAAACUUUCCCGAGAACUUAAAGCUGUGAAAUAUGUGGAAUGUUCUGCCUUAACACAGAAAGGACUAAAGAAUGUGUUUGAUGAGGCUAUUUUAGCAGCUCUCGAACCCCCAGAGCCACCAAAGAAGAAGAAGUGUGUGCUGUUAUAGACAUAACAAAGAAAUAAUUGCACUCAGAACUUUGAACUAAAAAAACAACAACUGCAGGAGCUGAGAGGUGACUGAAAAAAGACCACAAGCAACAUGUCGUAGCAUACAGUUUCUAAAAACGGUGUUGUUUUGAGAAGGUUCGUUCAGUAGAUGUAACAGGCUUGUCCUGUUUCGGAACAUGUAGGAAAGUUUAUCUUUCGUAAGCACUGCAAGAGUCGAAAUUGAAGCAAUUAAGGCCAUUUUAGACUUCUUCGUAUUUGGAAUUAAAGACUAAUAUAACUUAAUCUUUUGCAGCAAUUUUCUACAUGAAGAAAAGAGUCUUUUCUGUUAAGUAUUUAAUACAAAGCCUGUUUUUGGCACUCCGUAUUAAAUAAUCAAAUUUUUUCUCAAAAUGAAACAUUUCAAUCAAAAGAUAAACUCUCUAUGUGUGAACAUUUACCUGAAAUAUGUCACUGCUGUGUUUGUAUUAAACAAUUUACAUGUGUAUCAACAGAUUGUCCUAUAUAAAAUUGUAUUCUCAGAAUUAAGAAAAUCCCCGUUUGCAUUUACAGUAACAUAUUAUUAGACUACAUGUUUUUGUGGAAGUAGACGUGUGUUUUCUUCUGUUUCAUUGUCACAAGAUCUUUUUUCCUAUUAAAUCAAGAGUUAGUGACAUUUCAUUAUUAAUUAAAUUUUAUUUGGUAUUGAUUUUUUGUCUGGAAAUCACAUUAUAUUCAUAUAUAUGCAUGUUAAAUACAGGUAUUAUAUAUAUUACUAGAUUCGUAGUAAUACAUGAAUGUGUUAAAACUAUAUGGUGAAAUUGUUCUACAAAGUAUUUUUUGACAUCGUUCUUUUCAACUCUUCUUUUACAAAAUGCAAGCACUGUGUUACCUGUGGUAGUACAUGUAGACAAUUUUCCACAGUAAUUUUACAUACUUACGAUAAGGAUUUGCCUGUAGUGAAGACAAGUGCUAUUACACACAGAUACAUUAGUCUGUAUGUAUAUGUCUUCAUAUUGACUAAGUAAAAUUGGCCUACAAAUCUGAUUCUGGUCUCAAAUACAAAGAAAAUUUCCCAAUAUUUAUAUUCUAAAUGCACCAAUUAGAAAUGCAAUACAUGUUUGUUCUGUACAUCUUCAAACUCAACAAAAAAUUAUACAUCAUUUGUAUUCUGUGACAGGAAUAUUUCAAAUGUUUCUAUUGCCUUUGGAGUAAGAAAGAAAAAUUUACAUAAAUGUUUUCGCUAUAUCUCUGUUAUGUGUGUAUUGCAAAUGUCUUUCAAUUUUGAAGACUGUAAGACUAGUAAGACCCAUUCUAAAGAAAAUUUAUUUUUGUUUUGUACGUGAAAAAUGAUGGAUCCAAGAAUUCUUGAAAUUUAAUUUAUAACUUAGUAGAGUUGCUUCAUCAAAAUCAGUAAGCUGCCAAAAAUUUUGGGAGAAAGUCUGGCUUUGGACGUUGGCCACGUGGAGAUAGGUAGUGUUAAAACUGUCAUAUGCUACAUAUGUGUAGACCAAAGCUUCCGUACGUGUUGUGUUAUGAUUGUAUGUGCAAAAGGAGUGUGCAAGAAGAAUUUGUAUCAUUAUUAUAAGUAUUAAAAGAUAAGGAUGUCUUGAAAAUUUAAGCGGCUUAAUAUGAAAUUAAAUAAACAAAGUUAUUUUAUAUCCAAAUAUAUAAUGAAUAGUUAAUUUUAUUUCAUUUCUGAUGUUUUCAGAAAUAUGGAAAAAAUAUUUUGCCAUUAUUUUAAGAUCUUUGUUUUUUUUUUUUCACAAAAAAAAUUGAAUUCUGAGUUAAAUAGUUACUUUAGAAGCAAGGGUAAAACAUUCAAACAAGGGAGAGAACUUUCGUUAUCCUGUCUUUUAUGCUAGCUUGAAUAUAGUGUCGAAAGUUUUGAUCAUAUUAAUUAUUUUACCACUUAUAAAAAAAGCAAUCACUUCGUCAUAUGAGAGGCCAAUAGUUUAUGUACUUUUAUGAAUAUAUUUUGACCACAGAUAUAGAGGGAUCAUAAAUGUUUGUAUUGUUAGAAGAGAAAGAUAUUAACAAUUCAACAAAUAUACAUUAUCCGUGAAGCGUUUCCUGACGAGACAAUUGCUGUUAACAAAUUUACUUUAACAAAAAAUAUUAUUAACCAAAAUGUUAGUGAAUUAAUUCUGAAAAUGUUAAGAUGUAUUGACAUUUUAGACUAAAAUGAAUUUUUAUUUAGAAAUAAAAAAAUUUCAUUUUAUACAGCAGUGGAUUGUCAGUUUGUUGUAAUAGAUCUGAAAAAAAAUUUGCAAAAACGUUGUUAAUACUCAUUAAAUCCUUGUGUUUUACUGGAGUUAAGUUGGAAUUAAAUAAACAGGAAAACCCUUAUAUGAAGACUAAACAGAAGUUGUCAAUAUGCAGGAUUACAACAGUGUAAUUAUAUUCUUGUAAAUAUGUCAUUGUAAAUGUACACACAUUUGUAUAAACUUAGAAAGCUGAAUAGACUUUAAAAUAAGAUUGUCAAGGUUUACCUGCCAUUGUAACCAUUUCUUUUUCACCCAUGCUUUCAACAUAUCUUCAAUUUGGUAUCUAUUGAGAUAUCUAUUUUUCCUAAUUGUAAAAUGAUCUUAAAUUGUUCAAUGUUUUAAAAUUGAUCAGUGUAUAACAUAGAAUUGGCAUUUGAUUGGCUUAUAAUGUUGAUAUAGACUAUCAGUGUUUACUUACAGGUAAAUAAUAGACUUUACCCCUGUAGCUUGUAAUUUUCAAGAUUAUCCAUGAAAUAAUUUUCUGUUUGCAGUAUGGAUCUGGUUUAAUUGACAAAAUUAUGUACAAAAUUACAAUCUUUAUUUUAAAAUGGUACUUUCAACAAAACAGUGGUGACAGAUAUGUGUACUCACACUGCAUAAAGCACCUGUUAUAUUGUUAUUUUUUUUCUGGCAGAAAGUUUGAGUUUUGGAGUUAUUUAACUUAAUAAAAUUGGUGUCAAAGAGGUGGUCACAAUAUUCUUCAUAAUUUGCAUUUUCCUUCUUAAGUAGUACAACAAGUAAAGUCCUAUUGUUCACUUGAUGUGGAGUCUAUUGUAUAUAUUUCAAUUGUUAGAUAAUAUUAUGUGUAUGUAGAAAGCAACAUAUUGUAUAUACUUUUUUUUUCUGCCAGUUGCCGAUUUGUAACUUUUAUUUAAUGUUAUUGCAAUACCGCUUAUUCUUGUAUACAACAAAUGACACAGGAGUUGAGAAGAGUUUGACUUACAGACUUCCAAAAAAAAAACAGUACAUGUAUGUAUAUCGCAGACUAAAUAUCCGCUUGUUUUUGGACAUCUUGCUUACAAAUGUUAAAUGGAAAGUUGAUUGUGCCAAACCUGUCUCUGAUUUUUGCCUCUCUCAUUUCGCAAUUGCUGUUAGAAUGAGUCGUUGCAUUUCUGUUGGAAGCACAUAUGGCUUUACUCUUGAUUUAAGCGACACCUUUUCUGCUUAAUGAUCUUCAAUAUAUUGGUAUCAGAUUUUAUAUUAAAUAAUACACUAAUAGGAACGAAAUUGUUUACUCUUCUGUUUUGUAAGGUUUUUUUUAUGAAAGUGACUUUCAUAUAGAUAAGUAUCUUUUUGUCUGUAAUCAAUUAUUUUUGCAUGGCAGCCAUGAAAAUUUUCAUUCAAAACUGGCUUUUUUCCUUUCCAUUUUUAAUUGAAAGAGAUAAGAAUCAAUCAAGAACUCAAAGCAUUGUAAACAUUUUACUCAUUAAGAAUUUGUACAUGUAUAGAGAAGUACCGUAAGUCUGUGGUAAUCUGACAAUUAAAAUUGACACUAUUA